AUUGUGACUUCAGCCCAGGCGGACGUGAGUGCUUAAGGCCAGCAUAAAAGCCAAGAUCGUGCGAAUCGAAAUCCGAGAGGAUAGGAAGACGGUGAAAUUCCAGCGAAUUUGAAUUUGUGCGGGAUCAUUAACAUGCACGGCUAGUGGCCAUUUAAAGUGAUCAAAUUGUGCAUGCCGAGUGCCGUGUGCGCUGUGCCACAGCCCCAAUCAGCCAGUCAGGCCGCGCAUGCGCAAGGAAUAUCUCAAAUCGAAACUCCCGCGCACGUGUUGCCCAGCCUGUCCCUCCUAUUUAAUUGCCAAGGGCGUUUAGGCAUAAUCCCCCCAUCACCAUGACCGCCUCACCGGGUCUCCUGCACAUGGAACACCCACUCAGGGCUUUCUACCAGUUCUUCCUCGACCUGAUCGUGUUUACCAUCAAAUCCAUCUUCUACAUACUCGAAUCGAUUUACUACAGCCUGCUGCCCCAGCGCUUUAGAAAGUUAAAGGACAUCUCAGGCCAGGUGGUGCUCAUCACAGGAGGUGGCGGCGGAGUUGGUCGCCUGAUUGCGUUAAACUUCGCGCGACUUCAGGCCCGCAUAGUCAUCUGGGAUAUCAACCAAGAAGCCAUCAAGACAGCUGUGGAUCUGUUGGCCAAACAUGGUUAUGACAACUGCAAGGGCUAUGUGGUUGAUAUCUCGGAUCGGGAGCAAAUCUACCAACGGGCCAGCCAGGUCACGGACCAAGUGGGUCCCGUGGAUAUACUGAUCAACAAUGCCGGAAUCGUGUGCUGCAAGCCCUUCUGGGAGCUGCACGAUCGGGUCAUCCAAAACACGUACAACAUCAACAUCAUUUCGCACUACUGGACCGUGAAAGCGUUCCUGCCGCACAUGAUGCGCAACAAUCGCGGUCACAUUGUGACCGUGGGCUCGGUGACGGGAAUGCUGGGCACCUACGGUUGCAGUGAUUACGCGGCCACCAAAUACGCCUGCAUCGGCUUCCACGAAAGCCUGCUCACGGAUCUGAAAGCCCAUGGCUAUGAUCAAAUCCAGAUGAGUUUAAUCUGCCCGUACUACAUCAAUACGGGCAUGUUCUCAGGGGUUCGUCCGCGGAUGAUGCCCAUGCUGGAGCCGCAAUAUGUGGCGGAUCGCAUCGAGAACGCCGUCCGCUGUAACGAGGUGUGGUGCGUCCUGCCCAACUCCAUUCGCCUGCUUACUCCUCUUAAAUGUCUUUUGCCCGCCAAAAUGUGCUGGGAGCUGAUGUCGCGCGUCAUUCGUGGUCCGGAGUCUAUGAUGUUAUUCCAGGGUCGAGGACGCGUUGCCGCUGGUUAGACUCCGAAAGGGAAUCAUCACAUCGUUCACAUCCUUUUAGCUUAAGUUGUUUUCAAGAGGCGUUUAUCUAUAAUUUUACAAUAAACUAAAUUAAUCAAUUGAA